UUUCCUCCGUCCUCCUCCGCCGUGUGCUUUUUAAAAAAGAUUUGGGGAGAGGAGGUGAACAGGCACUCAGAGCGGCGCUGACGGUGCAGGCGGGAGCGUCACGUAGGACAACAGGAGCCCGAGGGGCAGCACACCAGCACUGAGCAAGAUUGAAGAGGCUUUUUUUUGGCGGGGGGGGAUCUGACUGAGUAAAAAGAUUGACUUACAGACACAAGUGGCAGGAGGAAGAAGAGAGAAAGCAGAUAACUAUUUAUAGACUCCCAACAAACUAUACGUUCAAACAUACGGAAGCAAGGAGAGUUUAUUUUGGAGACAGGCAGAUAUCUUGCCAGCACGCUUGAACAUUUUUGCAUACCGAACUAGAAUUUCCGUCCACUGGAGAGAGAAGGAGGGAGAGAGAAGCAGAUGGACGGAGGCACAUUCACAAUCUAAAGAGAAUAAUCCUCAUCUUCACUCAGCAAUGCUUUUGAGGAACUAUGCACUGAACCGUUGCUGCCUGUCAUGUCCCCGGAUGCUGACACAGGCAUAGGAAAUAUUUAAAUUCACGGAAUUCCUCCUGAGAAGAGGAUCCACAUUAUCUUUUUUUUUUUCUUCUCCUUUUUUUUUUCACUGCAAAGUCCUUCUUCUGUGCAGGUUGUUGUGCUGACGGUCGCUAUGUUUUCUCAAAGGUACUCUUUAAUACCAUCAUGGACUUCUUGCCUUUUGGUCCUGUGCGUCCUGGAUGCAUGGACCACAGCCUGGCCGGCAGCCCAGCAAUCCCAACCCCGGCAGCAGUCACGCCGGUCCAGGCAGAUGCUGCCCUUAACCUCCUCCUCCUCCUCCUCGUCAGCCGGCAACCUGUCGGAGAGCGCCGAGCGCAAAGUGGAGCGCCUCGGCCAGGCGUUCAAGCGGAACGUCCGGGAGCUCCGGGAGAAAAGCUCCUGCCUGGACCUGGUGUUCCUGGUGGACGAGUCGUCCAGCGUCGGGGCCAACAACUUCCUGAGCGAGCUGAGGUUCGUACGCAAGAUGCUCUCCGAUUUCCCCGUCGCGCCCGAGGACACCCGGGUGGCCUUGGUCACCUUCUCGUCCAAGACCCACGUCGUGACGAGGGUUGAUCACAUUUCAGCGCCCAAGUACAGCCAGCACAAGUGCUCCCUGUUCAACCAGGAGAUCCCGGCCAUCAACUACCGAGGAGGCGGCACCUACACCAAGGGGGCAUUCCAGAGGGCCGCGCAAAUACUCCGCCACUCCCGCGCCAACGCCACCAGGGCCAUUUUCCUGAUCACCGACGGCUACUCCAACGGCGGGGACCCUCGGCCGGUGGCGGCCGCUCUGCGGGAGCGCAGCGUGGAGAUCUUCACCUUGGGCAUCUGGCAGGGCAACAUCAAGGAGCUCCACGACAUGGCCUCGCAACCCAAGGACCAGCACUGCUACCUGGUGCACAACUUUGCCGAGUUUGAGGCCCUGGCUCGUCACGCUCUCCACGAAGACCUCCCGACGGGCAGCUACAUCCAGGAAGACCGGUCGCGCUGCUCCUCGCUGUGCGAAGCAGGCAGCGACUGCUGCGACCCGAUGGCCAGCUGCAAGUGCGGCACACACACCGGGCAGUACGACUGCAUCUGUGAGAAGGGAUACUACGGCAAGGGGCUGCAGCACGAGUGCACAGCAUGUCCGCCGGCCACCUAUAAACCAGAGGGGACACCGGGAGGCCUGAGCACCUGCCUGCUGUGCCCCGACUCGCAGCACACCUCCCAGCCGGGCAGCACCUCCCUCAGCGACUGCGUCUGCAAGGAGGGCUAUCGGCCAAUCGGCAUGACCUGCCAGGUGGUAUAUUGUCCGGCGCUGUCUCCUCCAGAAAAUGGCUUUUUCAUCCAAAACGUAUGCAACAACCACUUUGAUGCGGCCUGCGGCGUGCGCUGCCAGCCAGAUUUUGAACUGCAGGGAACCGGCAUCAGGCUGUGCCAGGCAGAUGGCAUCUGGUCAGGGACACCUGCCAGCUGCAGAGUUCGCUCCUGCCCGCCCCUCGCUCGCCCCCCACACGGCUUCCUGAGGUGCAGCGAUGGCGGGCCGUCCCACAGGGCGGAGUGUCAGGUGGGCUGCGAGCGAGGCUACCGGCUGGAGGGAGACGCCAGACUCACCUGCCAGGCCGACUCCCAGUGGAGUGGAUCCCAACCUCGGUGUGUGGAGGUGCGGUGUCCCCCCAUUGUGGCCUUGAAGAACAUCGUGCUGUCGCCCUCCGCCUGCGGGAAGAGGACAGUGUCUCCGGGCUCCGCUUGUCUUCUGACUUGUCGUCGAGGUUACAACCUCCAGGGAAACAAGAAGGCGGCGUGCACGAGCUCUGGAAACUGGACCGCUAAUGUCCAUCGGGCCGUCUGUAUAGAUGCUGAACCACCGGGGAUUCAGUGUCCCAGCAACAUUGUUGCAGAGACGGAUGAGCGUCGCAACACCGCCAACGUUAGCUGGAACGUCCCGAUUGCCUCCGAUAACUCUGAAGAAGAGGUGGUGGUGCAGGUGAAGCCGGUGUACACUCCGCCCCAGCUGUUCCCCAUCGGGAAGGAGACCAUCACCUACAUUGGGACCGACCGCUCGGGGAACCAGGCCAACUGCUCCUUCACGGUCACGGUCAUCGAUACGGAGGCCCCGGUGAUUGACAGGUGCAGGUCGCCGCCCACGACCCAGGCCACAGACACGGAGACGGCGGCCGUUUGGGAGGUGCCACGGUUUUCCGACAACUCAGGUGGUCGCCUCACUGUGACCAGCAGCCAUACUCCAGGCUCCGUGUUCCCGGUAGGAGAGACUCUGGUCCAGUACAUCGCUACUGAUGCUGCAGGAAACAGCCGCACCUGCAACCUCACCAUCACUGUGCAAGGGACGACCUGCGACCAGCCCUACAUCCCAGUCAACGGGGAGUUUGUCUGCUCUGAAGAAGACGAGGGCGUCAACUGUACACUUCACUGUAAAGAAGGCUACAGCUUCACUCAGGAUGCAGUGCACAGCUACUUCUGCGCCUACAACGGCGUGUGGGAGCCGCCCUACUCUCCAAGCAGACCCGAUUGCUCAGUGAACCGCAUAGCAAACAACGGGCUCAAACCCUUCGAGAUGCUGUUCAAAGCGUCUCGCUGUGACGACGUGGAGCUGGUGAAGUCGUUCACUGGGGAGUUCAACUCCAAACUGGGAGGCAUGCUGCCCAACAUUUGCAGCAGCGGGGAUGUCACCUGCAAGCUGGAGGUGAUGUCACAGGGUCACUGUCUGGAGUACAACUACGACUACGAUAAUGGAUUUUCAAUCGCACCGGGGGGUUGGAGCAACAGCUGGGGUCCUCAGGGCGCCCAGGACUACGCCUACUUUGAGUCAGGCUUUGCCCCGGGCACCGGGAGGGUCGCCGGCCAGCAGCGGGACAGCAGCAUGCAACCGCACCACCGCAGCAAGAGGCACCGAAAAAUAACAGGCCCCACCAGAGACCAAAAGAUCCAGAUCUUUUUCAAUAUCACAGCAAGCAUCCCUCUGCCCCUGUCGAGGAACGACUCAGUAGAGGUGGCCAAUCAGAAGAGACUCCUACGGACCCUGGAGCAACUGACCAAUCGCCUGAAGCGAACGCUGGCCAAGCAGCCGCUGUCCAGCUUCCACUUGUCCUCGGAGAUGAUCUUAGCUGAUCCCAAGUCUCUGGAGAGCAAGAAGCCCUUUUUGUUCUGCAGGCCGGGCUCAGUGCUCAAAGGCAGGAUGUGCGUUCUAUGUCCGGUGGGGACAUACUUCUCUCUGGAAUAUAACGAGUGUGAGAGCUGCUGGCUGGGCUCCUACCAGGACCAGGAGGGCCAGCUGGAGUGCAGGUCCUGUCCUGAGGGAACCUCCACCGCCUACCUGCACUCCCGCAGCGUCGCUGAGUGCAAAGGGCAGUGUAAGCCUGGUAGUAACUCUCUCAAUGGGUUGGAGAUCUGCGAGUCGUGCCCGCUGGGUCACUUCCAGCCCGGGUUUGGCGCCAGGGAGUGUCUCGUCUGUCCCGACGAAACCUCGACGGUCACCAGAGGAGCGGUGGACGAGAUGGAGUGUGGAGUUCCCUGUCCAGCGGGGCACUUCUCCCGUACCGGUCUGGUUCCCUGUUACCACUGCCCCAGAGAUUACUACCAGCCCGAACAUGGCCGCUCCUACUGCCUCUCCUGUCCCUUCUAUGGAACCACCACCAUCACCGGUGCAAACACCAUACAGCACUGCUCCAGUUUUGGCUCCAGUUUUCUUCCCAAAGAGGAGAGUGUGACUGCGGCUCCAGAAGUGGACCUCAACGAGGACUACCAAGCAAGCAGUCAGGUUUUCCACGAGUGCUUCCUGAAUCCCUGUCAGAAUAAGGGCACCUGUGAGGAGGUGGGGGCCGGAUACGUCUGCACCUGCAUGCCAGGGUUCACAGGUGCCAAGUGUGAGAUUGACAUAGAUGACUGUGACUCUACUCCGUGCCAGAAUGGAGGCCUGUGCAAAGACGGCAUGGAAGACUUCCAGUGUCAGUGCAAACCAGGCUUUUUAGGCGCUCUGUGUGAGGCGGAGGUGAACGAGUGCGUCUCCUCUCCCUGUCUGAAUGAAGGCGUGUGUGUGGACGAGGUCAACAAGUUCACCUGCAGUUGUGCCGGCGGGUUCACAGGAUCUCGUUGUGAGCUGGAAAUAAACGAGUGCCUCUCCGACCCCUGUCUGAACGGAGGCGUGUGUGACGACCUGAUGGGCGGCUACACUUGUAAUUGUGCCGUCGGCUUCUCGGGGGACCGUUGCGAGGUCGACGUCGAUGAAUGUUACAGCUCCCCCUGUCUGAACGGGGGCUCGUGUGUGGAUGCCGUUAACAGCUUCAGGUGUCAGUGUGUCGGAGGCUACCGCGGCCGGCUGUGUGAGGUGGACGUGGACGAGUGCGACCCGAACCCCUGUGUGAACGGGGCCAGCUGUCUGGACGGCCUUGGGUCCUACACCUGCCGAUGCCUCCCUGGGUUCAACGGAACCAGGUGUGAGACAGAGAUGUCCUCCGCCUUCAACCUGGACUUUGAGGUGUCUGGUAUCCACGGUUACGUAAUGAUGGAUGGAAUGAUGCCGCCGCUGACGGAGAUCACCUGCACCUUUUGGAUGAAGUCAUCAGACACCACCAACUAUGGCACACCUGUCUCCUACGCUGUGGAGGGCAGCGACAACGCUUUCCUUCUCAUAGACUACAAUGGGUGGGUGCUGUACGUAAACGGGAAAGAGCGGAUCACUGACUGCCUUGCAGUGAACACGGGUCAAUGGUACCACAUUGGGGUGUCCUGGAGGAGCUGGGAUGGCGACUGGAGAAUCUACAUCAACGGGAAGCCCUCGGACGGAGGCAAAGGCCUGUCAGUCGGCACCACCAUCCCAGGUGGCGGUGCGCUGGUGUUGGGUCAGGACCAGGAUCAGAGGGGCGAAGGCUUCAACCCUGUGGAAUCCUUUGUUGGCUCCAUCAGCCAACUCAACAUCUGGGAUCGUGUUCUCACACCUCAACAGAUAAAGGUCCUGGCCAGCAGCUGCCCAUCCUCCCAUGUGACGCACAGAGGGAACGUCCUCGCCUGGCCAGACUUCCUCAGCGGUGUGGUGGGCCGAGUCAAAGUAAACCUCAGCAGCGUUUUCUGCGCAGAUUGCCCCAAACUGGAGAGCGCCGUGCCCCACCUGCACGCCUCCACUGUGGAGGUGAGCCCCGGGGCCCAGGUUCAGCUGUCCUGUGAUCCCGGCUUCUACCUGCGGGGGGAGCCGGUGCUACAGUGCCAAAAUAAAGGAGAGUGGAGCCAGCCUCUGCCCAGCUGUGAACGAGUGUCCUGUGGGCCUCCUCGUCCUCUGGAGAACGGCUUGUUUCAGGGGACGGACUUCCAUGCCAGCAGCUCUGUGGUCUAUCAGUGUAACGUUGGCUUUUACCUGCUGGGUGACACCAAGGUGCACUGCACCAACAGUGGCAAAUGGGGUGCACAUCCACCGGCCUGUCUCGAUGUGGACGAGUGCGCUCUGGGAUCGGACUGUGAUGAACACGCCAGUUGUCGUAACACGGACGGCUCCUACACCUGCACCUGUGUGCACCCGUACAACGGAGACGGAAAGAACUGCACCGCGCCGGUGAAGUGUGAGAACCCCGGGUCUCCAGAAUUCGGUCACAGAGACGGCAGCAACUUCCUGAUGGGCGGCGAGGUGGUUUUUGGCUGCGACAACGGAUACGAGCUGAUCGGCUCGUCUCGCCUCCUCUGUCUGGAGACGGGGAGCUGGGACGAGGCGAUCCCAUACUGCAGAGCCCUCUCCUGCCCGACGCCAUCCGCCCCAGAAAACUCCGUCAUGAAGGGAAACAACUUCACCUAUGGAAGCAAGGUGACUUUCAGCUGUGCCCACGGCUUCCUGCCUCGGAUCCCUUAUGAGUUCCAGUGUCUCGCCAGUCUGAGGUGGAGCGGGACGCCGCCUGUCUGUCACCCGGUGACCUGCGGGGGCCCUCCAACUGUCGGGAACGCCGAAUACAAUCUCUACACAGACACCUACCGGUCCACUGUCACGUACACCUGCUUUCAGGGAUACAGGCCACAGGGCUCCAUGGAAGUGGUCUGUGAAGCGUCGGGCGAGUGGAGCAGGCCCGUCCUCCGCUGUGUGAACGUCCUGUGCGGCGAGCCGCCGGCGCUGAGGGACGCCGUGACCGUGGGCGAGAACUUUGAACUGGGAAACACGGUGCACUACGUCUGCAAAGAAGGCUACACUCUGAUUGGCCCGGAGACCAGAGAAUGUCUGCCAAGUGGCCAGUGGAGUGACAGCUCUGCCCAGUGUGUGCCGCGCUCCUGUGGCCCCCCGCCCGCCGUUGACCACGCUGAACCCUACGAGAGCCACCAGCUGUUCGGCGACACCGCUAACUACUACUGCACCGACGGAUACACCGCCGGCAACAACUCUAAGAUGGUGUGCAACGCUCACGGCGCGUGGACGCCCCCCGGCGGCGCCGAGCCCCCUCGCUGCAUUGCAAACUUCUGCCUGCGUCCACCCGAACUUCCCCACGCCAUUUUGGAUUCAGUCAACAAACCCAAGUAUGCCAGCAACACCGAAGUGAGCUACAAAUGUGAGGAGGGCUUCAUGCUGAACACCACGGCCACGCUGAGGUGUCUGAUGGGCGGGGCGUGGGAGCCCUCGCCGCACGAUGUCGGCUGCACGCCGGUCCGGUGCUCCAAGCCGGAGAGCAUCGACCGCGGGUACCCGAGCGGGGCCGACUACAGUUUUGGAGCCGUGGUGGCGUACAGCUGCGAUAAAGGCUUCCUGAUCCGAGGGGAGAAGAGGAGGACCUGCAAGGCCAACGGGGAGUGGGGAGGGGCUUUGCCGACCUGCGUGCCCGUUUCCUGCUCGCCGCCUCCUCUGCUCAGGAAUGGAUACAUCAAGGCCAGAGUUCGAUUCACCUUCAACAGCAGGAUGACGUACGCCUGUAACGCCGGAUACAGACUGAUCGGUAGUCCGGAUCGCGUUUGCCAGGCCAACCGCCAGUGGUCCAACGACGACCCCCCGAGCUGUGUCCUUCUGACCUGUGAGCCCCCGCCCAACGUCGUCCACGGACAUUACCGGGGGUCCGAUUUCCAGGUGGGCCAAAAAGUGCAGUACGUCUGUGACGAGGGCUACGAGCUGGCGGGGGACGCCACCUGGACCUGUCUGAAGUACGGCCGGUGGGACAAGUCGAGGCGUCCUCGCUGCUCGCCGGUGCAGUGUCCCGAGCCGCCGCUGGAGGAGAACCACCUGGUCCUGAAGAGCCUGGACUCAGAAUCCGGCACGGUGGAACUGUCCUGCGAGGACGGCUACGUCCUGGAGGGGGCCCGGAUCCUCCGCUGCACCCCGUCCCAGGAGUGGAACGACACCUUUCCCGUGUGCCAGCAGGUGUUUUGCAGCCCGCCGCCUGAGGUGUCGUUCGGCAGGGCCUCUUCGUCCUCGUCUCCGUUCCCUUUCAGCUCCGUGGUGAGCUACGCCUGCAUGGACGGCUUCACGAUGAGGAAGGAAAGCUCCGUGUCGUGUCUGGCUAGCGGGCAGUGGAGCAGUCCGUACCCAGAGUGCAUCCCCGUUGAAUGCCCGCAGCCCGUGGAGAUCUCGAAUGGCAUUGUCGACGUCCAGGGUCUGAUGUUCCUCAGCAAAGCGCUGUACGGCUGUAAGACCGGAUACAACUUAGUUGGCAACUCCACCGUCCUCUGCGGGGAGACGGGACUCUGGAUUGGAGGCGUGCCGUCGUGUCGCCCAAUUGAGUGCUCAAUCCCAAAACAAACAGCCAAUGGAAAAGUGAUUUAUACAAAACUCCAGUUUGGUCACAGCGCCACCUACUCCUGCCGUAGAGGUUAUCGUCUCCACGGCCCGGAGACUCUGAAGUGCCUGGCCAGUGGAGAGUGGGACACUAAGCCGCCGGCGUGCGUGGAGAUUUUCUGCAGCCCACCCCAACCCAUCGAGAACGGAUUCGUCGAGGGGCAGGACCACAGUUUUGGGGUCACCAUUUUCUACAGCUGCUUCCCUGGCUUCCAGCUGGUAGGCCAGGACCAUUUGACCUGCGAGGAGUUCGGCUGGUCGAGCUCUGUUCCUGUCUGCGUGCCCUCGGACUGCGGCUUGCCUCCGCACAUCGACUUUGGGGAAUAUGUGAGGGUGGCGCAGCUCUCGGGAAGCUCGGACGGCGCCGGUGCAUUGAUCCCGCCCAUGGACCUGAGCUUCCUUCAUGGGACGUUUAUCGAGUACCGUUGCCACAAAGGCUACGACAUCACGAGGCCCACCAGGUUGACGUGUCAGGAGGACGGAGGCUGGAGCGGUACGGCGCCGUCCUGUGUCCCCGCAGAGUGUGAAACGCCACCCGCUCCGGAACGCGGCCGGGUGAAUGUGACCGACACCUCCUUCGGCAGCACGGUCACGUAUGCUUGCGAGGACGGAUACGAGCUGGAGGGGGAGGCCGUGAGGGAGUGCGUGUCGGGGCGACUGUGGACACGCGACGCCCCGGUUUGUCGGCCGGUCUCCUGUGGCGACCCGGGCGCCGUCGCCAACGGCUCAGCCCGCGGCGGCGCUUUUGUGUAUCCCGAGGCGUUGCGCUAUGAGUGUAGUCCCGGGUUCGUCCUGAAGGGCAGCGACACCAUUGUCUGCCGGGCGGACGGGAAGUGGAGCGGACAGAAGCCUUUUUGUGAGCCGGUCUCUUGUGGUCCCCCGGAGGUCCCCAGCGAUAUUACCGUUAAAGGAGAGGAGUACAGCUAUAAUAAUGAGAUAGAACUGAGCUGCCAGCCCGGCUUCCUGCUACAAGGGGAAUCAGUCAGUGUUUGUCAGGCCGAUAGCACCUGGAGCCACGGGUCUCCCGCCUGCGUACCGGCCCACUGCGGCAAACCCUCAGCCAUCCCCAACGGCCGUGUUUUGGGCUCCGAGUUCGGCAUCAACAGCAAGGUAAGCUACGAAUGUGACGAGGGAUACGCGCUCAACGGAGACCCAGCGCAGACAUGCCAAUCGGACGGACUUUGGGACAAACCCGCGCCUCGCUGUGACAUCGUAAGCUGCGACCCCCCCGAGGACAUCAGUCACGGCUUCCUGAACGGCUCCAGCUUCGACUACGACGACGUGGUGGAGUACGUCUGCUUCGACGGCUACGAGGUCGUCGGGGAUCCCUUCCUGCGGUGCUCCGCCCGAGGCCUCUGGGUGGGCGCGGUGCCUCAGUGCCGGCCGUGCGUCUGCGCGCUCCCGUCGCUCAGGUUCGGCGUGGUUGUCGGCCGCGACAGCGCCUGCGGCGACUCGGUCCACUUCAAGUGUGACGAGGGCCACAAGCUGCUGGGGCCCUCUCAGGCGGCGUGCGAGAAGGGGGGCGUGUGGAGCCCCGGCGUGCCGGUGUGUGGGCGGGGGAGGUGCAGCGUCGCCCCGCCUGCAGUCCCCAACGCCGUCCUGCAGGGAGGCAGCAACUCCUUCACGGACACGGUGAUGUACAGGUGUCGCCCCGGCUACCAGGAAAAAGGGUACCCAAACAUCUCCUGCAGAAGAGACGGCAGGUGGGGGGAACCAAGGAUCAGCUGUGAGCCUGUGAGCUGUGGGAUACCUCCAGCUGUGGCCCACGCUCAGGUGAUGGGAGACACCUUCACCUUCCCAAACCAGAUCAAAUACAGGUGUGAGGAUGGUUACACCCCGUUAACGCAGACAGGCUCUCUCUCGUGCCAGAGCGACGGCACCUGGUCCAAACACAGCGUUCGGUGCAGCCCGACCCCCUGCCUGCUCCCCAGAAACUCCUCCGUCCCCAAUCUGAUAAUCACCGGGAAGCAGCUCACCCCCGUCAAGGGAACCGUCACCCUCUCCUGCCCUCCAGGUCUCCACCUGCAGGGGUCAGCACUGGCUGAGUGUCAGCUGGGUGGAGGCUGGGCUCCGGAAAUCUCCUCCGUUUCCUGUAAGGUUGCGGUUUGUGAGAAACCCCACCCUCUUCUUCACGGCGUCACCGAGGGGGACAGCUUUAACUACGGAGACUCUGUCCUGUACUCAUGCCUGCCAGGCUUUGACAUGAAGGGAGACUCUAUCCGGACCUGCCAGGGAGACAGAACAUGGAGUGGCACCCAGCCUUUGUGUAUUGCACAAUCCUGUGGGCCUCCCCCCGCAGUGCAGCACGCACACGUCCAAACAACAGGCCAGACUUACCUAAACAAUGCCAGUUACGUAUGUACGACCGGCCUGCAGCUGCACGGCCAAAAGACCCUCGUCUGUUUAGCCAACGGCUCGUGGAGCCAGCCGGCCCCAACAUGUGAAGCGGUCAAAGGCUGCGACGGCCCGGAGCAGAUGCAGAACGGGAAGGUACAAGAGCUCAGCCUGAACACGGGACGCGCCGUGGAGUUCCAGUGUGAUAAAGGCUACGACUUGGUGGGAGAUUCUCUGGUGGUGUGCAUGGGGGGCAACACCUGGAGCUCCAGCUUCCCCACCUGCCAACCCAAGUCGUGCCCGGCUCCUCCAGGCUGGAGGGAGGUCAGUAGGAGACACGGCUCCCAGCAGGAGUUUCCCGUUGGACAGUCGGUCCGUGUCACCUGUCCCAAAGGUCUGCAGAUCAGAGGCAGCGGCACCAUCACCUGCAGGCCUGACCGGACAUGGAGCCCCGUCAGUUCCGCCUGCGAAAGGGUGUCCUGUGGCCCCCCCCUCCACGUGGCCAACGGGGUGGUGCGGGGGGCGGUGUUCCAGUUUGGGGACGUGGCGGUGUACUCGUGCUUUGGCGGCUACGCCAUGGAGGGCGUCGGAAGGAGCAGGUGUCUGGAGAACGGCACCUGGACGCCGCCUCCCACAUGCAGAGCCGUGUGCUGGCUGCACUGCCAGAACGGAGGCGUGUGCCAGCGGCCCAACAGCUGCUCCUGCCCCGAGGGCUGGAUGGGCCGCCUGUGUGAGGAGCCUAUCUGCAUCCUGCCGUGCCUUAACGGGGGCCGCUGCGUGGCGCCGUACCGGUGCGAGUGCCCUGGGGGCUGGAGCGGCACGCGCUGUCACAGCGCCGUGUGCUCCUCGCCCUGUCUGAACGGAGGCAGAUGCAUCAGGCCCAACAGAUGCCACUGCAGUGCCGGGUGGAGCGGACACGACUGCUCCAGGAAAAGGAAAUCUGGAUACUAUCACAUCUGAAGACCAUGUGAACGGCUUCAUGAAGUGAAUUAUUGUAUAUUUAAGUGACACUUGUAAACCAUUCAUUCUCAUCUCUGCAAAAGGCAAAGCAAGAACCGUUUUGUAAAAUAAAGCUGUAUUUUUUCAUAUAGAGACUCAACAGUAUUAAACAUAUGCUGCUAUAUACACACGUAUGAUGUGUACAAAAACAGUAAAGAAAAAAAAAAUUGUGAUUGUCUCAAUGUAUAUGUGUAAACUAUUCUCACAUUUUUAUUAAAGCAUAAAUACCA